CUCACUUGGCCGCACAGCAGGCUGACAGAGCUCCGCUGUGUCUUUGGCGAACACGCCUCACAUGUUCACAACCGUAACUUUUAAAUGAAACAACUAACCGGAAAUAAGUAACUAGAAUUUCAAAUAUAAAACGACAUGGACUCCAAACACCAAAGUGUUGUGAUGGAGCGGCUUGUGAAUGAGCUAGGCUCUCUGCUAAAGAUGCUGGACCACGAGACGGUCAGUCCUGCCACUGCUGACAAGAUGGCCUCCAUACGUAACAUCAUGGACUCGAUGCAGCUGUCAGUCAAUGGAUCAGACGUCUACGUGAACAGCUGUCUCUAUGGCAACGGCACUAGUUUUGUAGAGUCUCUGUUUGAGGAUUUUGACUGUGAUCUGCACAUGCUCAGUGUGUCUCCAGUGGAACAGAAAGAGCACAAAGACGAAGAGGAGAAGACUCAUCCCAAUAAAUCUACGCCAACUGACACGCCCCCCCCUCCUCUGCCAACCACCCCCCUUCCUGAUGACUACUAUGAAGAGGCUGUUCCUCUACAUCCUGGAUCCACCCCUCAGUACUUUACCACCAACAUGAACACUUCUAGGAACUCUGUGGAGGAUGCCUACUAUGAAGAUGCAGACAAUAACUACCCCAUUACCAGGCUUAAUGGGCCGCCUAAAAACUCCUACAAUGACUCCGAUGCUCUGAGCAGCUCCUACGAGUCUUACGAGGAAGAAGAAGAAGAAGCCAAAGGGCGAGAACAACCUCAGGGAUGGACGGCUGAGGAGAGUCCCGACGGACCAGUGAAAGACUGCCGCAUCUGUGCCUUCCUGCUGCGAAAGAAACGCUUUGGCCAAUGGGCUAAACAGCUCAUCGUUGUCCGAGACAAUAAACUGCAGUGCUAUAAGAGCAUCAAAGAGAGCACUCCCCACACAGAGCUCCCGCUGAAUCUGUGCAACGUCAUCUACGUCCCAAAGGAAGGCCGGAAAAAGAGACAUGAGUUGCGCUUCUCGUUGCCUGGAGGCGAAGCUCUAGUCCUGGCUGUUCAGAGUAAAGAGCAGGCCCAGCGGUGGCUCAAGGUGGUUCAAGAUGUUGGCAGCCAAUGUAGCAACACUGAAGGACUGGAUGGAUCCACGUCUCCCAUCAUACAGAGGAAGUUGGAGCUUGACAAGGUGCUGCAGUGUGACCGGCAGGCAUCAGACUCAGACAGCGGGCCGACAGCUGAAAACCAGUCCACUGCACAGGGACCAGGACGGGACACCAUAGACUCACUGAACAGGGGGAAGCGCGGAGCAUUCUCAGAGCUGACGGGGUCGAUGAGCCGAGCAGCUGGGAAGAAAAUUAAUCGGAUCAUCACUUUCUCCAAACGGAAACCUCCUUUACCGGGAGAGCCUCCCUCGUCCUCUGGUCAUCAUGACAACCCACGCUGUGGCUUCCUCAGUGUGUGUCUGAGCGGCUCUUGGAAGGAGCGUUGGUGUGUUGUGCGAGGAGGUAGCUUGUACCUGCAGAAGGACCCCGGGGACCAGCGCCCACCAGUCAUUGUGGUGCCGCUCCAAGGUGCAGAGGUGGUGACUGGAGGCCUCGGCCCCAAACAUCCCUUCUCUUUCUGCAUCCUGCAGGCGGGCAGCGAACUAGCAUCUUUAGAGGCCAGCUGCUCAGAGGAUCUUGGCCGCUGGCUGGGUGUGUUGUUUGCAGAGACCGGCAGCACCACUCUCCCUGAAGAACUGCACUAUGACUACAUCGACGUCGAUACGCUCACUGACAUCCGGCACGCUGCCAGACACUCCUUCCAAUGGGCCACUACCACUGCUACCUCCUCCAGCAGUGCCUCGACAGACUCCAGAACAUAUGAUGAGGUCUAUGAAAGUGUUGUGGAGGGGGAUGAUGAGAGCAUAGCUGCACCAGUGAGACGUCAUGCCUCCUUCUCCAGCAGGGACUCUGAAAAAACUGAGCAACAGGCCGCCGUCAAAAGACACGCCUCCAAUGUAAUUCAGUAUGGACGGUAUGGGAAGACGCGUGCAGAGGAGGACGCCAGGCGGUACCUUACUCAGAAGGAAGAGCUGGAGAAGCAAAAGGAAGAGCUCAGACAUGCACUGAUUUCCUUCCGCAGGGAGAAGAAGGACGUGAAAGAGGAGAUGAAGAGUGUUACAGGUCAUGGUCUGGAACAGCGGUUAGCCAAGCUGGAGACGUUGUGUAAACAAAAAGAAGAGGAGAGGGUGGAGCUGGAGCUCAGACUGACAGAGGUCAAAGAAAACUUGAAGAAAUCGUUAGCUAGAGGAGCACUGGGUCCUCCCACUGACACCAAGAUCAGCAUCAAGGCACAGGGCAGCAAGGUUGAAAAGGUUUACAAUGAGACUGUGCCGAUCAACUCAGCAUCGGAGCUUCGUAAACGCCCUCCAUCUCUUCACGCCUCCUCCAAGGGGAACGUCAUGCAGAAGGCAAAGGAGUGGGAGUCAAAGAAGGGGACCUAGACUGAACAUAAACUGGUUGACAGAUGAAUUCAUGGAGAGAGAAAACUGAGCUGUGACAGGAGGAUGUGUAAAAGAAGAAACCGAUGAAGAUAACUGCCACUGGGAAGAAGAGGAAGAAGAAGAAGAGGAGGAGAAAGGGGAAGAGGACAGACCCUGACACAAUCUUUCCUCCCCUUACCUAUCAAGAAAAAGAGGAAACUUUGCAAGGACAGGUGCUGUCUCAACCACUGUAAAUAUGACAGACUUCACUGAUAUACCAGUACAGUAUUAAUGUGGAUCACUAUGAACAUGAAAUGUAUAUGUUUGUGUAAGUUUGCAUGUCUGUUUACAUUUGCACAUGGUUGCAAAACAUGAAAAAGUGAUUAUUUCAUAGAAAUUCAUCGCAAAGGGAGAGUGUGGUUCAUCAACACUAAGUUCAGAGUUACAGGCAAGACUUUCACUGAUUUUAUUCCUUUUUUUCAGGAUGUUUGUCAAUGUAAAAUUAAAAACUAAAGUAAAGAAAUUAUUAUUAUUACCUUAAGUUAUCUUUAUUAGUGAGAGAAUUUCCCACAUCUUGUUAGGUGUGUUAAACAAUUAAGAAAGGAUAUUGAGUAUGACACUGUUCCUAAAAACAAAUGAGUAAAUGUUUAUUAUUGCAAUGUGAAACCAUUGGUUUUUAACCAUUACAUGUGUAUUUUUUUUUAUUUUUUAUAUUUGCCUAUUGCACUUUAUCUUGUUGUAAUUUGUGAUUACACAAAUGUCUUGGAAAUUAGCCUUAGCACCCCCAAUUCACAAUCGUGAGGAUAAAUGCCUGUGUCUGCUUUCAUCACAGAGAUAACAUACACACAUGUUGGAGUAAAUUAUACUUUAUCAAGAAACUUUGUACACCGGA